AUGGUGCGAGCUUUAUCUCCUCAGGCAGGUUUAUCCAAAGUCGAGGCACCCAGAUUGAAAAUGCUCCAAAACCUUCGUCCGGAGCCUGGACUUUGGAACAACGACAGGGACCUGACUAAGGAUCUAAGGCUGCGGGAGGCUCUUCUUUCCGUAAUUCUUCUGGCGUUGCCUCCCUGUUUUGGUGAAUCGUCGUACUUCGGGGACAGUUACUGCGUGCUCAAGCCGUUCCAGGACAUCUCCACGUUUGAGCUGUCUCUGGUGAUGAAGACGAGCAGGAGGAGUGGGCUUCUGCUCCUCGCCGCUGGCACCGAUGACUACCUGUUCCUCGAGCUGCAGAAUGGGAAAGUGCAGGCUCGAAUGAACCUGGGUGCGGGGGAGGUGACCUUGUCUUCAUCUUCUGGAGUCCAACUCAACAACCUCCUGGACCACAAGAUCUCCCUGAGCCUCACCGAAGACACCCUCACCAUGACCAUAGACGACAGUUUCUCCACCUACGUCCCCGUAUCCACCGACGGAGAGGAGCUCAACAUCGACGUCGGCGUUUGGCUCGGAGGCACCGGAAACCUGGACGCCUCCUACCUCAGCAACGCCAUCCCGCCUUUCCGUGGGUGCAUGUCCGACGUCAGAUUCGAAUCUCAUCAGUUCGACAUCCUCAGCAAUGCCUUCAAAGAGUGUCACGAUACUAAAGAUUCCUGCAGUGGCGAGUUUGAGGCAGCAGACGGCGAGACAACCAGUUUUAGCACGCCGCAAUCGUUCAUAUCUUUCUCGACUUGGAGCAAAGCCACCGGAGGAGCAAGGACGCUGGAAUUUCUAAUGAAAACCACAAUUGAAGAUGCGUUACUAGUGUUCCACCCAGGUUUAGACAGUGAUUUCAUUGCGGUUGGAGUUAUGGGGGGUUUUAUAAAAGGCGUGAUCGACUUGGAUAGCGGCAUGGAAGUAAUUGAGAACGGGCACGUCCAAGUAGAUGAUGACCAGUGGCACAGGGUUAAAAUUGUAGUCGCUGAAAAAUCAUUUGAAAUUCACGUGGAUAGCCAAGUCUCGUCCCUUCCGUUUGAUUCUUCCCAAAAACUGGAUUUGGUUGGUAAUCUUUAUUUGGGAGGAAUUCAAGAGAAAAUGAAAGAGGUAUUUCGUGACAGCGGAUCUUUGAGUAGAGCGGAGGAGGAGAUCACUGCUGAAUCAUUCAUAGGUUGCUUGGGGGAAAUCAAAGUCAACAAUAAGGACAGGAGCCUGCAGGACGCACUGGUGACCAAAGACAUACACGUGAAAUGUGAAGGGGACGAAUACGAUUACUCCAGUUAUGACGACACGGAAACGGCCACAACUGCCCCACCUAUUUUUCGCUAUGACGAACCCGUGCUGCCCGAACAGCAUUGCUUCCCAAAUAAAGACACUCCGGAUAUUUUCAAAAACGUGACUAAACUACUUGACGUCACCCCUCUUCUUGUCCCGGAAGGAGGAGAGGUUUUAAUUGGCAUGAAAAACCUACUCCCAACUUUUGACCUUAGCAGAGCGGGCAUGCAAAAAUCUCAAAUCACCGUCACGCUAAAAAGUGAUCCCUUCUACGGCCUGGUUGAUAUCAAUACAACCAACAGACGCUUUAAGAAAUUCACUUUGCAAGAUUUGGUUGAUAAGAAAAUUAAGUACAUGCAUGAUGGAAAUGAAAGGCAUGCUGAUCAAAUCCAUAUUGAAGCAGUGGCGCAAGGUAUUGACAACUUGCCAGAGUGUUUAAAAUCUGUUCAAAGUUACUUACUACCUGUUGAAAUAAUCCCCGUCAAUGAUAUACCACAAUUUAGCGGAGGUGAAAUUACGAUUACGGAAAAGGGAAGAACGAGAUUGAACCCGGACCUUAUCAGAAUCUUGGAAUCGGACACUCGUUGCAACGGGUUGAUUGUAACAGUGACAUCGGAGCCUCCUUUCGAAGUCGGUUACCUUGAAAAUGACAAACAACCUGGCAACCCGAUCUCAGAAUUCACUUGCAGAGAGUUGAAAGAUGGAAAUAUCUACUUUGUACACAAGGGAGGAGACAGUGAAAUGACAUUAGAAGUAUCCGACGGGCAAUCCGAAAGUCAUUCUACAACUUUCAGUCUCGUUGCUACUCGUCCGCAUAUGACGAUUGUAACGAAUACCGGGCUGCGUUUGACCCAAGGAAGCAACGCGUCUAUUGGAAUUCAAAACUUAGCUCUGCUCUCCAAUCCUCGCAAUGGAGAUAUUCUUUUUAACGUUACCGAGCCAUUGCUGUACGGUCAACUCAACGUUAUGACGGAUUACGGCGUUUACAAGCAAGUUUCAAGCUUUCACCAAUCCGAUCUCGAACAAGAGCGACUCAAGUACUUCAGCACUGAUUCAGCCGACCAGGAAGAUGUUGUGGUAGAACGGAUACAAUUCAACGCUCAUUUGGGACAGUCUUUGAACAAUACUUUUAUGGUAAACAUUGCACCAGCACAAAUCAAGGUAUCCAAUUUAGUUCCUCUUGAAGUCUACGGUGGAGAGAUGAAAAUAAUCAAGCAAGCUCAACUUUUCGCAGAGGUCAGAGAUCAAGACGCAAAUCCGGAAAUGUUAAAAUACGUUGUAGUUACGCCUCCAAUGCUAGGUGUGCUGCAGUUGCUGGAUACGCAAUUGGGCGAAGGAGAUGUCUUCACUCAGAAGGACAUUUUGGACAACACACUAAGUUACAAAGUGCGUGUGCAAAGAGCUGUGGACAACGUAGAUUCGUUUCAAUUCAGAGUCGUAUCGCAGGAUCAGUACUCACCGUUGUAUACAUAUCCAAUUAACAUUAUAGCAACUGCCGAUGCUCCCGUUUUGACCAAUGAAAUGCUGACAGUGCUUCAAGGUGGGGAGGAAACCAUUAACAAAAAUUAUCUUUGGGUGCACACGCCUGAUAUGGGUGAUUUUGUGUACCAAAUUACCCAAGGACCAAAGUAUGGGCGGAUUAUAAGAAAUGCACCAUCGGGAAUGCCGAGAUUCGAUGGAGCAAUUCGGAUUUUUAGCAAUGAAGAUCUAGAACUUAAUAGGCUGGUUUACAAACACGAUGGAUCCAAGACAACAAGCGAUGAGUUUCACUUUUCCGCAUUCGACCAGGAAGCGCAAGGCUCCUAUGAUCACGAAACGAUUAAAGGCAUUUUUAAGAUUACAAUUCAGACCAAAAAUGAGCACGUUCCAGUCAGAGUGGUCGAUAAAGUUUUGAAUGUGGUUCGUCAUGAUCAGCGUCUCCUAACGACUGAUGUCAUUCAAUUUAAGGAUGACGAUUCUGGUUUUAACGAUUCCCAAAUUGUCUACGCACGUGAAGGCAUCUUAUCCGGCAACAUCGUCUCAGCGCUCAACCCUUCACAGCCGCUUUUCCGAUUCACGCAAGCCGAUUUGAGAGACAAAAAAGUUUUAUUCUUACACCACGGAGCAGACCAAGAACGAUUCUCCCUGCAGGUGUCCGAUGGCUUCCACAAAACUACUGCGAUCCUUCAAAUCCAAGCAGGAGACCCUUACUUAAAACUUGUCAACAAUAGUAUGAUAAUUAUCGAUCACGGUGCAACCAAAACACUUAACACUACGUUACUAAGUGCGGAAACUAAUUUGGACAUUACAGACGAUAGCGAAAUAACUUUUAGGAUCACAUCGGGCCCUCAAGAUGGUAGAAUAAUUGUUAGUGGAAUUGAGGCUUCGGAAUUCACACAGGAAGACUUGAAGAAAGGCGUUGUUUCGUAUGAACAUAAUUACGAAAGUCUACAGUCCAAAGACUCGUUUAGCUUUGUUGUCCAAGCAGAAGAGAUGUCGGUGGAGGGAACGUUCAAAAUUAAAAUCGUCAAACAGGGAUACAGGUCGGAGCCACAGGUGGUCAAGAACGAAGUGAUAAUCUCCUAUGAGGGGGAGCACUCUGUCAUCGACCAAGAUCACCUCAGGGUGGAGCAGGCGGACAUCCUCCCCUCAGAGAUGGUGUUCACAGUGAAAGAACCUCCUCGUCUGGGACACGUGGUGAAGAACAUCUCAGACGGAUCAGAGCCCCCCCAGUUCGAUUACAUCCACUCUUUUACCCAGAACGACAUCGACCUGGGACUCAUCCUCUACGUGUCUGCUUCUAUACAGGGAGAAGACGUCUUCACUGUGUAUGUCAGUAAUGGUUUCACUGCGGUGGAGGAGCUGGAGGUCCAGAUCAAUGUCGUCCCCAGGUUCAUCCCCGUGCAUUCACUCAACAUCACGGUGAAGGAGGGCCUGACCCGGACCAUAGACUCCACUGUGGUCAACAUCUCCCACCCUUUCUACGCUCUGGCCCAUCUGGAGUUCGUGGUGAAAGAGUUUCCUCAGCACGGAGAGCUGCGGUCACUAGUCCACGGAGAAGACGUCGAGUAUUUCACUUGGAAUGAUCUGAAAGAUGGUCAGAUCUUCUACGUUCACGACAGCAGUGAGACGGAGGAGGACUCGUUCACUCUGACGGCGUCGGCGUACGAGAUCGAGAGGACGAGCCAGCCCAUCUUCAUCGGCAUCACCGUCAUCCCCGUCAAUGAUGAACCGCCCAAGCUCACGCGCAACACCGGCCUCGAGGUUCUGGCCGGAGAGGAGGCGGACAUCACGUCGGCCAUGCUGCAGACCCAGGACGCAGACACGCCCGCGGCUCAGCUGGUCUACCACGUGGAGUCGCCCACAAGCGGCAUGGUGGCCUUAAAGGAAGCUCCGGACGACGAGAUCAUGAACUUCACCCAGGCCCAGAUCAACAACGGAGAGGUCAUCUUCAUCCACGAGGGAGAGGAGUCUGGAGGAUUCGGCUUCACGGUGACAGACGGAGAGCACACGUCUCCUCUGUACCAGUUUGUGGUCACCGCCCGACCCCUCACCAUCACCAUGGUAACACAGGAGGAGCUCAUGGUGUUUCCUGGAACACGUCAGCCCAUCUCCAGCGCCAACCUGGGGGCAAGGACCAAUGAGGACGGAAACGAGAUCAGCUACUCCCUGGUCAGACCCCCUCGCCUGGGCAGACUCAUCAUCGCCCGCGGACACAACCGCUUUGACGAGACCACGCGCUUCUCACAGACACAGCUGGAGUCCGGAGCGGUGUUUUAUGAGCACCAGCUUCCAGAAGAACCUUUCUGGGUCACGAGGGAUUCCGUAGAGCUGAUUCUGUCCUCCCAGCCAGCCCCAGACGUCAGACACGUCCUUCCCAUCACCAUCUCAUACUACGCUGCCCAUAGCAACGUCUCCUCACAGCUGUGGAAGAACAAAGGUUUGGAUAUUGUGCAGGGUCAGCGAAAAACCAUUGACGAAUCAGUUCUUGACGCUUCCAACCUUCUGGCCAGUCUUCCUGAAUCCAAACGCAGCGACGCAGAUGUGGUCUUCGAAAUCAAACAGUUCCCUUCCCACGGCCGCUUAACCCUCAGAGGGCAGGACCUAUCCCGGGAAUCACCUUAUUUCAUGCAGGAAGAUGUCAACACCGGAGUAGUGGAAUACUUACACGAUGAUUCUGGUGCUUCUUCUGAUAGUUUUGCGUUCAGAGCAAGACUAAAGACUUUGGACCAAGGUAUCUCCCCCGCAGCCGAAUUUGUAGUUUUGGAUGAAAUCUUUAACAUACCGAUCAGACGACGUGGUUCAUAUCCUCCAGAAUUGGUCACUUCCGAUAUGCUUCUCGAAGUCCUCCAAGGUUCUAUGACAAUUUUAACUCAAAAACAUCUCAACACGCAAGACGAAGACAGCCCGCCCGAUGAGGUGCACUUUAAGGUGACCAAACCGCCCAGAAAUGGAAGACUCGUGGACUUGCUAACAAUGGACAUUACGACCGAUUUCACUCAAGAUAUGGUCAAUCGAGGUCAAAUUGGAUUCCAGAGCGAUGAUAGUCUACGAGAAGGUUUUUUCGAGUUUUACGUCACAGAUGGAGAGCACCAAACUGAACCAUUUACUCUUCAUAUCGGCGUUCUUGCUCACACUUUAGUCCUUAAAAAAGCUCCUGAAAUCAAAGUUAAACAAGGCGAUGACGAAACACUGAUAACUGAAGAGAUGUUGAAAGCUACUACGGGUGGACCCUUAAAAGAAGACGUGCUGUAUAAGAUUACAAGUGUACCCAAAUACGCAGCAGUUAUGGUGGACCGCCAACCGACUUCCGCCUUCACGCAAGAACAAAUUCGCCAAGGAAGAGUGAGUGUCCGCUUCGUCAAAUCUACAUCACCGAGGGAUAGCGUAGCCUUCGUGGCUCGGAGCAGGGCUGCAAACGUCUCCUCCACUCUCAACAUCACGGUCCAGCCUCUCGCUAACAUCGCCGAAAACCCAAUGGUACCUCAGGGCACCAAAGUGAGAGUAGAUCGCAAACUACUGGACGCAACUCCAUUGGCAAAUAAAACGAGAACAUCGCCAACGUUCACGGUCAUCCAGCAACCAAAAAGCGCAAGAUUUGUCAUUUCGGAUGGUCCAAGGGCAGGGCAGACCGUAGACACUUUUAGCCAACAGGAACUAGACGAUGGGCACGUUGCUAUGGAGAUCAAACCAUCGCGUUCAAAAUCGGGUGUAAAUCAAGACGAAGCUAGGUUUUUGCUCAAAGCUCAUGGAGUCCCACCUGCAGAGUGCGUCCUGUCUUUUCAAACCAGCCCUUAUAAUGCAACUGGGGUGUAUCCUGUGACGCUGUUGAGGCUCCCACCUGGUUAUGACCUUCCCACCGGCACCCAAUGGCCACGAAUGGGUAACUGGCCCACCACGGCUCCCACCAGCACCCAUAGAAAACCAGUUGCAUCCAAGCGUAGCAACAUCUGGUCCAUUCUAAUCCCGAUUCUCGUAAUUCUUCUGCUACUUCUCCUGGCAGGGAUCUUGGCGUACUACGUGAUCCGUAAGAACAAAACAGGCAAGCACAAUGUCCAGUCGGCUUCCUCUUCCAAGCCUAAGAACGGAGAAGUGGCCGGUACAGAGACUUUCCGUAAAACUGACGCAGCGAAUAACAUCCCCAUGUCGACGGUGGGGGGCAAGGACGCAGAUCCGGAAUUGUUGCAGCAUUGUCGAACAUCGAGCCCCAGCAAGAAUCAGUACUGGGUGUAG